AUGUCCUCAAAAGAUAAGAAAACAAAGAAACACCAUCACCAUAAUGCAAAAGGAUCGGUUGUUCCACCGAAGAAAUCAAAGAAUAAGCAUGAUAGGAAGAAGAAGGGAACCAGAAGAGAAAAGUCUAGUACUAAACACCGAAUCAAGAAAGUUCCUGAAGUAUCAUCCGAUGGAAACCCAUUCCUUCCAAAUAUCACUGUUUCGGAUACUUGUGUCAAUUUUUUCACCGAACAACCCUCAACACCAACAAAAGCAGUCACAGUGAGACCAGAGAAGGCGUUGACUCCGAUGGCAGCAUCCCCAACUCCAACUGCUGCUCCAAUCGUGGAACCAGUUCUUGUACAACCUCCACCUACUCCUCUCAUUCCUACACAAACUGUCGUCACAAAUGUGAAAUGGAAAGCUGAGGAUGUCGCAUUGGGAUAUAUUGAGAAACUGGAUGCCACAAUGGCUCGCCUUGAGUUCAUUGAGGCUUGCUCCGCGACGAAACCAUCGGUUGAAAAAGACUGUCUCAUUUGGAAGAAGAAUCUUCAGAAGAACCAAUCGGAUGCAUAUCCGGUUCUGGAUGCAACGAUGGUGAAGCUAGCGAAUGAGCCCGAUGCGUAUAUCAACAUGUCGUCCAUCACUGUUCCACACUGUCGUUAUCCAAUUCUGAUGGCUCAAAUGCCCAAGAGAGGAUGUGAGGAAGAGUUUUGGAAGGCGUGUUUCAAUGAAUCUGUAGUCAUGGUGUACAUUUUGAUGGGUCCUGAAGAUGAGAAAAAUGAUUUCUUCCCGACAACAUCAGGUGCCUAUGUUUACUAUGGAGCAAUGUUUGUCAACAUUCGAAAGGUCGAGAAAAUGGAUGCAGAACGCACAAUGUACACGAUUGAAGUUCUUCCAAACGGUUUUUCAAAUUCGGUGAUCAUGAAUGUCUACGUUCACACGGGUUGGGAACCAUACGGAGUGCCUCUCAAAUAUGCAAACACGACUCGUUCGGUGAUUGAUGUCAUGAAUUUUGUAAAGACGUCAAAUGGAGGAGAUAAACUGUUGAUUGUGUCGAAGAACGGAUGUGGUCGUGCUGGAUUCUUCCUCUCCCUUGGAGCUGCAUUUUGUUGUCUGAACGAUUGUUCGGAGCCACGAAUUGUGGAAAUCGUGAAAGCGAUUAGGAUGCAGAGACCAAAUGCAGUUGAAACUUUGAAACAGUAUGCUUCUUUGUACCUCUGUCUUCUGUACUACAUUAAGAAGAAAAUCUCGAUCCCAGAGAGUCUGAAACAGAAGGUGGAGGAUGUGACGAAAGGAUUGGAAGGUCUCAUUCGUGAAGACUUGUCAAUCUUGUACUGA